AUGCCCCGGACCUCGGCGUGGCCCCGCCUCCGCAUGAUGGUCCCGCCCCUUGCGCCGAGUCCUCAGACUCGGAUUGGCCGCUGUGGCUUCCGCUUUCUUGGUGGACGGGGCCACGUACCACGUGUCUCCCCGGGGCGGAGCGCGCGGACUGGCCCUGAACUGCCCGCGGGUUGCGAAGUGUUGGUGGGCAUGGGGGAGGUCGCGGGGGACUGUGGCUCGACCGCGGGUGGCGUCGGCCCGGCAGAGUUGCUGACUCCGGAGGCGGAGGCGGCGAAGCUGCUGCCCUUCCUGGCGCCCGGGGCGCGGGCGGACUUACAGGAGGAGGCAGCGCGGCACGUGCUGGCGCUGACCGGCUCGGGGCCGGGGCGGACGCUGCUGGCCGGCCAGGAGGCACUGCUGCGGGCGCUGGUCAGCCUGGCGGCGGCCCCGGCCCCAGCCCCUGCCCGCGACGCAGCCCGCGCCCUCGUCAACCUGACCGCCGACCCCGGCUUGCACGAGCCGCUGCUGGCGGCCGAGCCUGGGCUGCCUGCCUGCCUACUGGGCCGUGCGUUGGACCCGCAGUGGCCCUGGGCAGAGGAGGCAGCCGCCGUGCUGGCCAACCUCAGCCGCGAGCCGGCGCCGUGUGUCUCGCUGAUGGAGGCGCUGACGGCCGCGGAGCUGGGGGAGUCCGGCCUGGAGCGGCUCGUGCGCGCUCUGUGCACGCCCGACUACAACGCCCGCGCGCCCCUCCAUUACUUGGGGCCAGUGCUCUCCAACCUCAGCCAGCGUCCCGCGGCGCGGGCCUUCCUGCUGGACCCCGACAGGUGCGUGAUCCAACGGCUGCUGCCCCUUACCCAAUACCCAGACUCUGCGGUGCGCAGGGGCGGGGUCGUGGGGACGCUGCGAAACUGCUGCUUCGAGCACCGACACCACGAGUGGUUGCUGGGGCCCAAGGUGGACAUUCUCCCCUUCUUGCUACUGCCCUUGGCUGGGCCCGAGGAAUUCUCUGAGGAGGAGAUGGAGCGGCUGCCCGUGGACCUGCAGUACCUGCCGUCGGACAAGCAGCGGGAGCCUGACGCCGACAUCCGCAAGAUGCUCAUCGAGGCCGUCAUGCUGCUGACAGCCACAGCCCGGGGUCGGCAGCAGGUGAGGGACCAGGGAGCCUACCUGAUUCUGCGUGAGCUGCACAGCUGGGAGCCUGAGUCUGACGUGCGGGUGACUUGUGAGAAACUGAUCCAGGUGCUUAUUGGGGAUGAGCCAGAGCAAGGCAUGGAAAACCUGCUGGAGGUGCAGGUGCCGGAGGACGUGGAGCACCAGCUGCAGCGGCUGGACCGCCAGGAGCAGGAGCAGUGCCAGCGGGGGCAGCAGGAGUGGGAGCUGGCCCCAGAGCCCCGCGCGGAGGGGGGCGCACCCACCUGAGGCCGUGCAGCCCGCCCAGCACCAGGCACACCUUUACUAGCCCAUCAGUCCUGGCCUCCCAGACCAGGCCUUUCUGCAGUGGCCUGCGGGUCUCGGUCACCUUGCUCGACGGCUGUGUCCUCCUGAGAAGCACAGCUACCCCUAAGCUCCAGGUUCACGCUGAGGACUCUAGGGCUGAUGCCCCUUAAACAUGGGAGGGUGGAGAGCGCAUUCCUGUGCUCUGCCGCUUCCAGCAACAGUGCAGCUGUUCAGCCCGAGCCGGCCAGGCCCUGGGGCUCUCGGGGACCUGCAGGGGCUUGCUUGGACAGUGGGGCCAUCGCCUUGUCUCAGGCGUGGUGGCAAGGCUGGACCGGAAAAUGUCGCAAGCGUGAGAGGCCAGCUGGAGCUUUCCAGUCCCGGGGGCGCUACAGGGGUUGAGCCCAGGCGGGCAGCGGUGCCAGCAGUGCCCCUUCCUGCCAGCCCCACCGGGUCCCUCCGUCUGGGCCCUUGGCUGACCCUCCGCCUCAAUGGGCUGACCUGGUGAGGCCUUCACUGGCUACAGCCUGCCCUGGGGGUCUCCUAGAGCUGCGCCUGCCUGGCCUGCCGUUCGGACACCGGCUGGGUGCUGCCGCCCCUUCAUCCUCGCUCCCACUUGACCUGUGCCUUGGCUCUGCCUGCAGGCCCUUGCCAGCACAAGAGCCUGAUUUUCCCCAGUGCCACAUGCGGUCCCCUUAACUCUGCAGCAUUCAAGCUGUUACUGGUGGGCUGUCAGUGUGGCCGCCCCCGCCCCCACCCCGUGCUCCUUCCCUGGGCCUCCUGCCAAAGCUGCUAGUGCCGUCAGGGGCGCGGAACCUGAGCCCUGGCCCCCCGGGGCCUGCGCGCCCUGCCGCUGUGGUGCAGCUGGGCUCUCCAGGAGCUCCCGCAGCCCUGCUCUUCGUCCUCUGUCCUGGUGCCGUUUUUGAAGCUGGAGGUCUGCCCACGUGUGCUGUCCCACGGAGGCUGGGUGCCGUGUGUCUCCCUCCACAGCCCCCCCAAUUAUAGGUCUGGAAUGCAGGUGCAUGGACUUACUGUGCCUGGUUCAGGAGCGUCCUGUUUCCCUAGUGCCAGUUGGUUGAAACCUCUGGCUCCAGAGAAUAAAUGGUUUA